AUGAUGACCAGCAGCAGCAGCAGCAGCAGUCUCACAUCCAGGACUUCUACAGCCUCCCGGACUCGUCAAACCAGGGCGUCCACGCCGACGCCGCUGUGGGAUCAUCGGACCUCAAAGCCUGAUCUGCGCGGCGGCAGCAGCCCGCCCCGACGGCAUUCGAUUCCAGUAAACACGGACUCGACUUGCUCAACUCUCCUUUCGAGCCCUCCGCCGACUUCGCCUACUCCGUCGCCCCGCUCGAGAACAUCGACCCGGCAUUGCCGCUAG